AUGGACUGGACUCGGAUUGAUGAGAAGAUCUUGGAUCUCACCUUGGAGAUCAUCUCUCUGCUUACUGGAGAGGUUCCUAUAAGGUGUGAGGAUGUCACUGUCCAUUUCUCCAUGGAGGAGUGGGAGUAUCUAGAAGGACACAAGAAUCUAUACAAGGACGUAAUGAAGGAGAAUCACCAGACCCUCAGCUCACUGGAUAAACCUUUAUCAGGUGAAUAUCAUACUCCAGAUUGUGUUCCUGAGUUUGGAAACAAUGAGGAAAGUGUAGCUAAACCUAAAGAUGGACCGCCCUAUCUGCAAACUAGCAAAGUAAGAAAAAGACUGAAAAAAUAUAUGCCGUAUAUAUGGGAAGAGUCUCCACCGUGUACAGAGGAAAAUCACAGAGACAUGGACAUUUACAAAGAGACAGAAUAUCCAUCUACUGAUAUUAAGAAGGAAUCGGCAUUACAUGAAGAAGGGAAUCUCACAGGGUUUGACAUCCAUGCAUGCACAGAUAAUACACAGACAGAAUAUUCAUCUAUUCUUAUUAAGGAGGAAUCAGCCUCGUAUGAAGAAGGGAAUCGCCCCCCAGGAGUCGACAUUUAUAAAUCCAGUCACAAUUCUACUCUUGCAGUUAAUGAAGAUAAUAGAACUUGUUCAAACAUACAUUCUAUCAAUCCUUGUAUUGAAUUAAAUACACCAUAUCAUAUUGAUGGUAAUGCUACUCAGAGCAAAGACAACAUAGAGGAAAUAUUCCCGAUUUCUGAUUGUCCACAAGGCUUCAGUAGUGACACGCAGGAUGUUAAACAUCAGCCAACUCAUACAGGUAAAUCCCUAUUAUCCACGCCAGACUUUGUUAUACAUGAGAUGAAUCCUAAAGGAGAAAAUCAGAUUUCAUCUUCUCAAUCUGGGUCAGAUUUUAUUCAGGUGUCCAAUCUUGUCAAGCAGGAAAUGGAUUGGAAUGAACAGACACCAUAUAUGUGCUCUGAAUGUGGGAAAUAUUUUACGCAGGCUGCAGAGCUCAUGUCACAUAAAAUGUUUCAUACUAAGGAAAGACCUUACAAAUGGUCACUCUUCGGUGAUAAAGAGCCAUCUGAAUCUACCGCAGUGGAAUGCGAUGUUGAAGAGGAUUAG